AUGACUCUUGUAACUACUCCAUUCAAUGGGACUGGUUAUGGGAGUUGGAGGAGAGGAAUGUUAAUUUCCUUAUCUACUAAAAGAAAGUUAGGUUUUAUAAAUGAAAAAGUAGUUAAACCUGUUGAGACUGACCCUACUUAUGAUAAUUGGGUGAUGUGUAAUGACAUGGUAAUUGCAUGGAUUCUUAAUAGUCUAGAUAAAGAAAUUGCUGAAACUGUGAUUCACACUGAGACUGCUGGAGGUAUAUGGAAAGAAAUUGAAAAGAGGUAUGGUCAGGCUAGUGGAACUAAAGUGUUUCAAUUACUUAAAGAUAUAUCUUCUAUCUCUCAAGUAUCAUCUAGCAUAGCCUCUUAUUUUAACAGAAAUAAGAAAAUGUGGGAUGAGUUGACUAUCUCUAUUAUAUAUCCACCUUGCACCUGUGACUGCAAGGAAGAAUGGGUUAAGCUAGAAGAAGAGCAAAGAGUUCAUCAGUUCCUUGCUGGGUUGAAUGAGUCUUACGGUGGUAUUAGGAUAAAUAUUUUGAUGAUAAAGCCACUUUCUGAUUUAGAUAGUGUGUACUCCAUGCUCAUCCAUGAUGAACAACAGUCUGAACUUCAGGCUUCCUUACCUUCCUUUGCUUCUGAGUCUGCUUCUUUCUCUGUUAGGGCCCAAAGAUACCCCCAAAAGGUUAACUUUGAUAAACGACCAAACUUUCCCACAAACAACAUGUCCAACAAUAAUUCUGCUUUGUUAUGUAAAUAUUGCAAGAAAUCAGGACACCUUAUUGGAAAAUGUUUCAAACUCCAUGGUUAUCCACCUGAUUAUCAAUUCUCCAAAGGCAAGAAGGGUUCUGCUGCUUGUGUUCAAGGCAUAGAAUCCUCCUCUCCUGUUAGUUCCUCUAGUUCUAGUCAAAAUAUGCCUACUCCAAAGUCAGAGGAUCUUUUCCAUGGGUUCAGCAAGGAGCAACAUGAACACCUUAUCACUCUUUUGCAUCAGCAUAAGUUGCAGGACACUGGUCUCUGUGCCUCUGCUAACUUUGCAGGUGUGACUCCUAUAACUACUCCUGCUGCUUAUAAUAUUUGUUGCUUCUUUGCAUGUCAUCUUUCUCAAAUGUAUGAUAACCCUUGGAUUUUAGACUCUGGAGCAACCAAUCAUAUGACUCCUCACAAAAAUCUUCUUAUCAACAUCAAACCCCUUACUAUGCCUUAUCUCAUUUCCUUACCUAAUGGAUACAAAGUAAAGGUUACAUGUACAAGAUCAUUGCCUUUAUAUUUAGAUAUGGGCCAUUCUCUGAAGAGGCCACUGGAAGUUGAUAAACUUUCCAAUGGACUCUAUGUCCUUCAAUUGAAUGGUUCUUCCUCAUGCAAUGCUACUAUCAUCUCUAGUUCUGAUAAUUCUCCUGUUUUUAUUGCAAAUGAUUCUGUUGAUCCUGUUGUUUCUAUUCCUGCUCCUUAUUCUGAUUGUUUGCAUGUAUUUGCUGAUGCUCCUCUGUCUCCUUUCAUUACUUUUGAUGGGCCAAUUAGUGCUGAUUUAGCUUGGCAUCAGAGACUUGGCCAUAUGCCAUUUUCCAAAAUGAAAUCCAUACCACUUCAUGUGUUUAUCCAAGCUGUAAGAUCUGAUAAUGCCUUUGAAUUAAGAUCCAGUAAUGAGGCCAUUCAAUUUUUCUCCACUCAUGGCAUUUUUCAUCAGACUUCCUGCCCCCACACUCCUCAACAAAAUGGAGUGGUGGAAAGGAAGCACAAACACUUACUUGAAACUUCAAGGGCACUUCUUUUCCAGUCUAAACUACCAGUUAAAUAUUGGGGUGAAUGUGUCCUAGCUGCUACUUAUCUUAUUAAUAGGUUCCCCUCCCCACUUCUUCAUCAUAAAACUCCUUUUGAACUAUUGUAUGGUUCUGUUCCUGCUUAUAACCACCUUAAGAGUUUUGGUUGUCUCUGUUUUGCCACUGUUCCAAUCACACAAAGAGACAAAUUUAAAUCUAGAUCCUUGACUUGUGUUUUCAUUGGAUAUUGUCUUGGGAAAAAAGGCUACAAACUCCUCUCCUUAUCAAAUCAUAAAUUUCUCUUUUCAAGAGAUGUUGUUUUUAAUGAAUAUGUGUUCCUCUAUGCCACUCCUCGCUCUGUUCCUCUUUUAUCUUCUACUUCACCCCUACACACUUCUGAUUCUUCUUUUGAUCCACCUCCUAUCAACUCCUCUGAUCCACCUCCUAGAAGAUCUUCUAGGGCUAUUGCUUCACCCACAUAUCUCCAUGAUUAUGUUUGCUUCUUUGUCUCUCCUCUUAAGGCUGGUUCUACAUCUGCUGAAGUGGCCCUGCUAGAACCUCAAUACUACCAACAAGCUUUUGGUCACCCUGCUUGGCAGGCUGCUAUGUUAAAAGAAUUCCAAGCCCUUGAGUCCAAUCACACUUGGGACAUUGUCCCUUUACCUUCUGGAAAAAGAGUCAUUCCAUCUAAAUGGGUGUAUAAGAUUAAACAAAGGGUUGAUGGUUCUAUAGAAAGGUAUAAAGCUAGGUUGGUAAUUCGUGGGGACAGCCAACAGGAGGGGGUGGAUUAUAAUGAAACCUUUUCUCUUGUUGUCAAGAUGACUACAAUUAAGUGUUUGUUGGUUGUUGCUGUUAAGAAGAAUUGGAAAGUUUUUCAACUUGAUGUCAAUAAUCCUUCCUCCAUGGUGAUCUCCUGGAGGAAGUAUACAUGA